AUGCAGGCUCGUGUUCUCGGGUACAUGCUCUACUACUCUCCUACCGAUGCUGCUCGUGCUGCUAUCACUCGAGCCAUUUUGUCUUGUAAUGACAAUGGCGAGCAACUCUCGGAGCUAGCUGAACUGUACACAAUUUUUUUCAUCCGCUGCUUCAGAAAGUUCAAGGGACGAACUCCAACUACUCAGAGCCAUCCCAGUCCAGACUCCUUUGACGUCAUGAAGAAUGUUAUUUUGAGUAAGCUAAAUCAGGCUCCUGAAAAUCAUAGUGAAGCACGGGCCCAUGCUCUCUUACGAGAUGGCUUCCGGGAUCCUUUCACAGGAAAAUAUGAUUACUUGGCUGAACAAUUCGAUGCUGUUGAUCCUCCUGAGCUGUUACUUGAAUUCGGUUGUGCUAGUCUUCAAGUUGUGCAUAUUGCUCCGGAUUCAACUUAUUUCAGACUCGAAGGGGUGAAGGUAUACUACGCUGCCUCCAUUACAGCUAUUUUGCAACAAUUCGGCUACAACUUCGAGAAAUUCAAAGGCGCUAAGGUUCAUUCCCUCUGCAACCUUAUUACAAUGUCCCUUGACAUGCAUGAUGCUUUUGAUCAGCUAAGAAUUUAUUUAGAGGAGAUUGGAACAAACACCUACCAAGUGAAAGGGUUUAAGCAAACACAGAUGGUUCCCGGACAUGAUAUAAAGUUUUCUACUGAUGAUCCCGAAUUCUACCCUGUACCUGAUCGUGAACUCAUUGCGCUUCAUGCUAUGUGUGCUAAGGUGGCGCAUAUGUCCGGAGCUGGUGCUUAUGUAGAAGACCUCGAUCGAGAUGUUGAAGACUUGGGUGUGUUGGCAAGCAAUGGUGGAUCGGCAGAUGUUCUCUCACAUGCACUUGCUGUUGUUGCGGAUUUUUCUUAUCCUCAUUAUGCUGCUGUAGGGUAA